UGCUCGCUCCCGCUGUGUAGCGACAAGAUGGCGGUCGCCGCCGGAUCAGGCGUUAAAGUUCCUCGCAAUUUCCGGCUCCUGGAAGAGCUGGAGGAAGGUCAGAAAGGUGUGGGAGAUGGAACGGUGAGCUGGGGCUUGGAGGAUGAUGAGGACAUGACCUUAACACGAUGGAGAGGGGUGAUCCUUGGCCCCCCAAGGACAAGCUAUGAAAACAGGAUGUACAAUCUGAAGGUUGAAUGCGGGCCAGGAUACCCAGAAUCACCACCUUUUGUCAGAUUUGUGACAAAGAUAAACUUGAAUGGCGUGCACACCUCCAACGGUGUGGUUGACAUGCAUGCAGUGUCUGCGCUGGCCAAGUGGCAGAACUCCUACAGUAUCCGGAUGGUGCUGCUGGAGCUUCGACGGCUCAUGACCUGCAAGGAAAACAUGAAGCUUCCUCAGCCACCUGAAGGGCAGAUCUACACCAACUGAGCCCCUGCUACUUUUGACUCCAUGUUUUCUUUUUGUUUCCCACUUGUUCCUCUCUCUCUGUUUUGCUUUCAUCCCUUUAUCCCAUCCCCCGCCAUGUGACAUUCCACCUCCCAUCAACACCUUGGCUGAAUGCACACACAACAGAAAACUUAUGAAUACAAGCAGAUACAUGCAGACGUACACACAGACACUGCUGUAAACACACACACACACACACACACACACAC